ACUGAAAUGAUCUCUUCAUUUUUUUCAGAGCUGAUUACCAACCCAUGCACAAUUGUUUCUGCAUUAAAAUUAGUAAAUACAUAAUAAAUAAAUGGUUGUUGUGGAUAAUUAGAUCAGUAAAUCAGUAAUUACGCUUUUAAACUGUGCAUUGUUAUGAAGUAAAGAGACUUCUGGAAUAGUGGCAUCUUUAAGGUGAAGGAGCUGAAGUUAAUUUUGAGUAAUGAGUGAUGGCAGCGAGGCUGCUGGGCUCAGGAUCAGGAGCCAAAUGAGAUUUAAGCGUGUUCUAAAAAUACCAGACUGACCAUUCCAGGUCAGCUCAGUUGUAAAGAGUUGUAAAUGAAGGAGAUUAUGUCAGUUGGCUGUUGGAAGGAAAACAACAGAAGCAGAAGCUCCAGAAGGCUCCAGACAGUGUGUCACUCUGAGGACGUGUGAUGGGAAUUUUUUGGGAAUCGUUCCGGAACGCUGCUGGUGGUUGGGUGAGGAAUGUGUGUGCUGGAUGUUGAUGAUGGGUCAGACUCAGAGCGAGGAUGAUGAUGAAGUAGAUCUGGUUCAGAUUCAGACCCUCUACACCGCCUUCAUGAAGCAGUGUCCCAGCGGAGCUCUGCAUCUCCACGAAUUCCGGAACAUCUUCGGGGUACAGAGCUCCUCAGAGGAGGAGGCUCUUUUUAUGGAGUUAAUAUUUAAAUCGUUUGAUCGAAACAAGGAUAAUAUAUUAGACUUUGUGGAGUUUGUGGCUGCAGUCCAUCUGGUGCUCAGAGGGAAACUGGAGGACAGACUCAAAUGGUCUUUUAAAGUCUAUGACAAAGAUGAGAACGGAAAACUGGACAGAACUGAAGUCAGGCAUAUUAUCACAAUUAUUUUUAAACUUAAGAAAAUAAACAUAGACAUGACCCCCGGGGAAGUGUGCGACAGGAUAUUCGAUCUACUGGACCAAAAUAAAGACGGUCAGAUAUCGCUGGCUGAGUUCAUCGAGGGGGCUCAGAAGGACGCCUGGAUCAUGGAUUUACUCAAACUAGAUUUUGACGCAAGCAGGUGGUUUAAAGAACACUGGAACAAAAAGACAUGACAAGAACAUCUCCUAAUAAAAACUCAUCUGCCUUAAAAUCUCUUCUGAAGGCUCCAGUGGACAGCCUAAAGAUGGAGCCAGUUUUCCUGGUGUUUACUGGAAGUAGUGUUGGAUACAACACGUGACUACUGCCUGGUGCUGCGUAGCCAGUUCUGCACUGAUCAGGUCAGAGCCAAUCUGCGAACUUGUGCACUACUGUUACCCAGAAUGAACCUGCUGGACUCAAAGAGUGAUGGAUCACAAAGAGCCUAGAGCACAGCAGUAUAAGGAGUGAAGCACUGACUCAUUGGCAGCUGACUCACAAAAACACUGUUUUUAACACGGUUUUAACCUUAAAAUAUGGGCCUAAUUAUUGAGUAAUUCACAUGAAUUAUCACAUGAUAGUAGGCCUUAAAGGUCUUAAAAUCACUACCUGGACAAUACGCCUUGAGAGUAAAGGUUAAAGGUGAACUUCAGUCUUUCAACUUAAUCUCCAACAGCUACAUCUCCAUCUUAACUAUACUAUCAAUUAUCAUGAAUAAUAGUUUCAACCUCACAUUUUACCGAAGAACAGAAAAUCUAAUAAUCAUUUAUGGAGCGUUUUAAGGUGACAUUUGACAUGCACAUAAUGAGUAUGUGACUUUGGUUGGGGGGUGGAUUUGUUGUGGUUUUAAAACCUAUUUACCACCAUGUUAUUUUACCUCAGAAUAAAACAUACUGAUUUUCUUUUAACAA